GACAGAAAUGUAGUUUUCUACAUGUUGCACUGGUACUUACUCGUGACAUUUGACAUAAUUUAACUAUUUUUAUUACAGCUGCAGAAUUUUAUGGAUUAUUUUGAAGAGACACUAACACUUGUGGUCUAUCACAGAGCAAAGACCUACUGUACUGUACUUUACUUUAUUGUUUUACAUGUUAGCGAUUUCAUAAUACCGCCUUCAGAUAUUUCGUGGCGCUUUUGUUUCUGCCACUUCCCGCGCGCGACCGUAGUAGCGCUAAAAGACAAACAAAAGACUAACUAAAUCUAACUUUUUUUUCUCAAUGGCGGUGUGACAACAAAUUUGCUUCCUCACCGUGUGCAGUAUUAACACUUGAUUUCUAGUUUGGAGGCUUGUUAUUUCUUGCAUUUGUGAAUUAAGUGAAAAUGAGUUCUAUUGGGACUGGUUAUGACUUGUCAGCAUCUCAGUUCUCUCCAGAUGGACGAGUGUUCCAAGUUGAGUACGCUCAGAAAGCAGUCGAGAAUAGUGGAACUGUCGUUGGUCUUCGAGGCAAGGAUGGAGUCGUGUUUGCCGUGGAGAAGCUGGUUACUUCGAAGCUGUAUGAACCUGGAGCAAACACAAGGAUAUUCAACAUCGAUAGACAUGUUGGAAUAUCUGUGGCGGGCCUGAUCUCUGACGCCCGGCAGAUCGUGGAGACGGCGAAGUCGGAGGCGUCCAACUACCGCGCCCAGUACGGGACGGACAUCCCGCUCAAGUACCUGAACGACCGAGUGUCGAUGUACAUGCACGCCUACACGCUGUACAGCGCUGUGCGGCCGUUCGGCUGCAGCAUCAUCCUCGGCUCGUACGAGGUGGACAAGCCGGUCAUGUUCAUGAUCGAUCCUUCCGGCGUGUCCUACGGUUACUAUGGCUGUGCAGUCGGCAAGGCGAAGCAGGCAGCGAAGACGGAAAUAGAAAAACUGAAGCUGCAAGACCUGUCGUGUCGAGAUUUGGUGAAAGAAGCGGCAAGAAUAAUCUACCUGGUGCACGACGAGCUGAAGGACAAGCAGUUUGAGCUGGAGCUGAGCUGGGUGGGCGCGGCCACGGACGGCCUCCACGAGCGGGUCCCCACGGCCGUGUACCAGGAGGCAGAGAAGUUCGCCAAGGCCGCCAUGGAGGACGACUCCGACUCGGACACCGAGGACAUGUGAGGUCCCGUCGACCGUCGACUCGAGGCUCUGCAGCUUUUUAAUCUAUCUCGCAUGUUAUCAUUGCUCUUUUACUACGAAUUAAAAAAAAUAAUUAAAUGGUCGCUGGAUGAGUGUUGUCACUGAACACAAAAAAAAACCAUUAGUCGUCAUCUCGUUGAGAUCUUACCAUCCAGCUAGGUGGGAUGCUGAUGCGGCAGCAAGAGAGUACGGGUUCAACUUGGAAUGAUUUUAGUUUGCGCCUGUUUGGUUAGAAAACAAUGCUGAAGGAGGGAAAAAGUUUAAACUCGUUUAAAUGGUUUGUUUAAAGUUGUGUUAACCAUGUCUGAAUUUAUAAUAAAAAUUUUUGAAGAGUGUA